GCUUGAGUCAACUGUCAUUAAGUUGGUCGUAGUUUUCAAAAAUGUAAACAACUAAUUCAUAAUAUUUUGUUUAAUUUUUUUCAUUUUAGUUAGAUCUCUCGCAGUUAGAUACUUGUGAAAUGGCUACAACGGAAAUAUUAUCUUCCUAUAUUGAAAAAUUGAAUCAUCCGUUGAAAGAAAUCCGUGAACGAGCGUUAAAACUUUUGAUUGCUAAACUACAACUCGGUUGGCAGUUUGAAGAUGAGCUUUCUGGCACCCGGCAGUUGCUAGAAGCAUUACUGGCUUGGUUUCAUGUUCUAAAACCAAGUUUGCAAAAAGAGGUUCUUCAAUUACUUCUAACUACAUUAAAGACUAAAGCAGGAUCCUAUAUUUCUAAAGAGUUUGGCAUUAAGAAAAUACUGUCAAGUUUGGAUCGUGUUAAGGAAAAAAUUGACCCUGAUGCUGUAGAUUAUUAUGAAGAUGUUUUGGAUACUUUACGGUUUUUAAAUAGUGUGCAAUCUGAUGUGAAUGUUGCAAUACCUCCUUUGACUAUACCAUCUGUUACAGGUUCUGAAAGUGAUGAAACCUCUGGGAAUGGUUUCUCUACUUUAGGCUCUAAUUAUCAAUCAUCAAAGGAAAGUUUUGUAGCAAAUGAUGAAGUUGAAAUCAUUAAGGAAAAUAUGUCACAAGAAAUGAAUGGUAUUAAAGUACUCUUGUUCCCAUGGGUUGAUUUAUGUUCAUCGGACUUCAAAACCAUGCUCUUGGUUGAAGAUGCGCUGAGGCUCUUAAAGUCAACUCGGCGAUGUUGUAGAUUCAUCCGUGAUGUGUUUUUACGUGACUUUCCUGCUGAAAUCUUUUUGAAUAGACCAUUAAUAAUUAAGAGUUUGUUAGCCAUAUCGGAGGGAGGGAAUGCUGGGAGGCCAGGAGAGGCUCUCCAAGUUCUUUUACACAUAACUCGUGCAUUGUGCCAGAGGCUAAAACAAUUAUGUUCUAUUGACCUAAUCCAUGAAGCAAAAAGGGUUUCAAUAGAGCCUAGAGAGUCUGAGGAUAGUGUGAACAUGGCAUUAGAGCAUAUCGCCAGUGACGGUGGGCUGCUAGACCAGCCGCGGGAGGACGGCCUGGCAGUGCUGAGGCAGCUGCCAGCCCCUAUAUACGCACUCGACACAUUGCAGUCUGUGCUGGGCACUAUGCAAAGGAGCGUUAUUUGUGUUGAUCCGGCUGAUAAGACCGAGUUUCUAAAUAUGAAAGAAUUGACAAUCUGCAUUAAUUUAGUGGAGCACCUAGUCCAGUUAUUAUUAGACUGUGUGAGUGAUGAGUUUUGGAGCUCAGACCACACCACAAAAACCCAUAGGGAUAUUAGCCACAAGAGCUGUAUGGUCAUGCGUCUACUUGGAGAUCUAUUGAUGAAAUACAAUAAAAGUUCGACCGAGGAUUCGGAGAGUAGUUCGCACAGCACGGCGUGGCUGCGGCUGGUGCGGCCGGCGACGCGGCUGCUGCGCUGGGCGGCGACGUCCGCGCUGCCGCCCGCCGCGCUGCUGGCCGCAUUGCGGGCCGCGCAGCUCGACUACAGGCUGCGGCUGCUGUAUCCGGAGUGUGCUCUCGAGAUCAACACCGUGCUGCAGAACGCGAGGUCAUCUGUAGAUCAAGAACACAACAGAAAAUACAGUGAAUUGUCAAAACUGUUUUCAAGUAUGGACGAUGCUGUUUACUUUAUGAGGAACAAAAAUAAUUGCCGAAAUUCUAAGGCUGUUUUGACUUAUAUCCAGAAAUCUUUACCAGUUCUAGAAGUACAUUUAAGUGAGAAUUAUGUGAACGAUGCAUCUGAUAUUUUACUUUACAAAUUAAAAGACCUAGGUCCAACCGACAAGGAUUGGUCUGUUGCACGCAGUGUUGCUCUAAAUCUCAUGGCACAUAAUGUUGAAUGGGUCCGAGCGAAAUUUUACAGCAAAAUGGCUGAUAUGGUGAAGAGUGUAUUGAUGGGAGAUGAAAAUAAUGACAAUGAGAAAUGUUUCACGUUGCUGUGUGACGUCGGCAUACUCACAGAAAUAUGCUGUCAUGGGCUCUCUUCUAAAUCGAAACAGAUAGCAGAGAGCUCCUCAGAAAUAAUGAUUUAUCUGCUCCGCGGCAGACUGGUUUUGAGUGAGGGCUGCUGGUGGCGGCUGCUGGCCAGCCUUUUACCAGUCCUGCCAUUGCUGCACGUGUAUGCUGCACAUGAUACUCCUCUGGGUGUGGCGAUAUGGAAGUCCCUGCAAGCGGACAUAGCGGCGCGCAUGGGAGUGCCGGAGACGGAGCUGGUGUGGGGACUCGUGCGGCUGCUGCUGGGGCUCUGUGUCGCCGUGCAGCUGGAGGCUGCGCACUCUCUGUGUCGGCUCAUUGAGGACGAUCGAUAUUUGCCUCCCAAAGAAUCUCUUAGAGCCGACAUUUUAAUGAACGCAAUAAGACGGAUUGAACCUCAGGAUUUUAACAUCGACUUCACUAGUUCUCCGUCAAAGACGACGCAGACAACAGGACUACUACAAAUGUUAGAUGUGUUGAAACAAGAUAUAAUCUUGAAUGAAGACGGGGAUGAGCUGAUGGUCCAAGAUUCAGUUCCCGCACUGGAACCGUCUCUCCGUCGCAGUACAUUGCAGCAGUUAGCGGUGAUGAUGCGGCAGCUGGAAUUCCAUGACACUUUCCAGGAGAACGACGGAGUGCAGCUCAUCGUGACUAUAUUGCGGAUGUCCCUGAUGGUGGACGACUACCUGGCGUACCCGGAGUGCGCGAUCAGCUGCGUGUCCAUACUCAAUAGCGUGUGCUUCGCCACCAGGCACGAGCUGGUCAAAAUACCUGAUUUACCUAAACUGCUUUUGAGAGUAAUCCUAGUAUUCCCCGCCAAUGAGGCCGCGGUGGUGCUAUCCGCACAAGCGCUGGCGCUGGUCGCGUGGUCGGGGUUCGCACUGCUGGAGCUGGACGCGAGGCGGCGGCGGACGCCGGCGCUGCCGCUCAGCGUCGUCCGCCGCGUCGCGCUGCCCUUCCGCUGCAACACCUACUGGCACACCAGCCCUAAUGCGGAACAUUCAACCGUUGAAUGGUUGGUAAGCAAUGAAGAAUGUCGUGCGGCUGUCCUCGUGGGAUGGUGGAGCGCGUGGCGCGGGACGCAGGCGGCAGUGCGCGGCGCGGAGUCCCCGCCCGCGCCGCUGGCGCUGCGUGUCGCGCGACGUCAUGCUGCAGCGCUCGCCGCCGCCUGUCCCGUCGCCGCUGCUGCGGACUCGCUGCGACGCUUGGAGAAUGCCACUACACACGCUCAGGUCAUCGAAGCGCUCUGUGUUUUAGAGAGCUACGUGUAUCUUUUGCCAUCAUCGUCAGCGAAGCCCCCCGAGUUCGCGGCGCUGCCGUGGCAGCACCUGCGGCGGUUCCUGGCGGCGCCGCCGGCCUCCGCCCGCGACACCUCGCUGCUCAUAGCGCUGAUGCAGUUUAUGUUGUCUUACAUGGACAACCUGCCUAAUGACGGAGUUACUAUGUCCUGGAUAAAAUCCUACUUCAUCGGAAACGAUUCCAUAGUCAUAUCUCUACUUAGUCGAGACCAAUUGCACCCACACCAGACAUCACAAGACAACAUAGAGGUCACUCAACUCCACAUACACAUCGUCAAGAUAGUACUCCGCUGUAUUAUUGCUCUGGAGAAUGAUGAUUAUGACACUAAUAAAAUGGAGAGUCUACUAAAAAUACUGAUUACAUGCUUGGAAAGGGUCGAUUUGAAGAACUUUCAUAUGUUGGGUUAUUUGAACGAGUUGAUGCGUUGUAUCCGAUACGGGCUGAACUCCCGCUACUGCAAGUUGUCUGAAGACACCCUAUUGCAAUGUCUGUCGCUGACGACCCGUACGCUGAGUGGUUGCGCGGCGGGCGGCGGCCUCAAGGGCCAAGCGUGCAGGCUCGACGCCGUGCUGGCGUUGCUGGCUAUGAUGCGGCAGAUACAGGAAGAAAUGCUCCCAGUGCAGCGAUGGAGCGAAUGUUGGAGCAGUGACGCGGUGCGGACGGUAGUAAAUUGCGUGCGCGGUCUCAAUCCGCAGUUACGAGCGGCCGCGCUGCUUCUCAUUGCAAUGCUGGCCGGGCAUGCCCAGUUGAUGCCGCAUCUGCUGCAGGCGAUAACUGAAGAAUCGCUAUCGCAGUUCGCAAGCGUGGUGUUUACGCAGCGGCUUGAAGCGAACGUGGUGCGCAGCGGAGCGGCGCGGGUACUUGCGGCGGUCUGCGCGCGCGCAUCGCCACAUUCUGAUGUUUUAGAACUCGACGUCCUCGGCCAACUACUGGAAAACAACUUUAUUGAGAACUGUCUCGAGAUCUUGAUUGACUUCUGUAAUGAAAAAGAAUAUAAAACUAUAAUCGAGCCCAAUGUGCCACUCGCCGUGCUAGAACGUCGCUCGGAGUUAGAAGUGCGUGCGCAGAAAAGUGCUGACACGCGUGUGUCGCCAUCUAUGAUGACUUUCAGAAGCCGGCCGCCGCCCACCGCCGAAUUGGUGGCGUCGUUGGCUGAUGUGCUCCACAAUGUCAGCGCAUUCGGAAAAACUCCAGUCCAGACUUGGAAUGAUCAAGGAUUAUAUCGAUUGCUUUUCAGAUGCGCGUCGUGGUCAAGCGACGACCCCUCGCAAACGAAUAGAGUACGCGCGGCGUGCUGUCGCGCGCUCGUUGCUUUCGCCGCACACAAAUGCGUGCGCGCACUGCUGGCCGCCACCAAAGACUGCUUGUACAGCCUCGUCGCGACGCUAGUACCACUAGAACACGAUGAAUGUGAUGAAUUACAUCUAAGCGCGCGAGUGCAAGCAUUGCUGCUACUGGCAUCGCUUUUGGUGGAGCGAACGGCUGCGGACACUGUGUGGACUGAGCUGAAGGACCGUUUAGCUCUGCCUUUCUUCGGUUUAGUGCUGCAGAGCUUGGAAAGCGACGAAAAUGAAUUUCAACUAGCUGGAAUGUACUGUCUAUCUCUGCUGGUUGUAUCGACCACCCAUAAGAAGUACCCAGAUAAAACGAAAGACAACUCCUGCGUGGAAUUCUAUGACAAUUUGAAGUCACCACUUACCAGCGGGCCGUUGAGUAGCCGUGGAGCAGGAGAUGGAAGCAUUGACUGCCAGCCGGAAUACAUGGCGGAGGAAAUAUGUAAAGCUAUUUUAUCGCUGUACCAGAAGUCUGGUUUGGAUAUGAAGAGAUAUCAGUGCAGCCAAGAUGACAACUGGGUCCGCGUGUGUUCCUGCCUAUGCAGCAUCCUGUCCGUCAGCCCCCGCAGCCGCCGCUACAGCUGCCACAGACACCUGCCGCAGUGCACGCUGGCCACACUGCAGUGCGUGCGCGACCACCUGGGCGUGCAGGGCAAGCCACACGACGUCAUCCCCAGCGCUAACAAUAACCCGGUUCUACGCACGUUAUAUUGGCUUCUGACGGUCAUAGACUGUGCAAUGACGAGCUGUCAGCAAGCCAAGGAAGCGUUUGCUGAACAGAAUCUCUGCUUGUCACUGAACAGGCUAUGGCCGUGGUGCAUGCUGACUGAACAACUGCGGGUGGCGGCCGUGCAUCUGCUUUAUACGUUCUCUAAUGGAUGCCCUAAAGCUUGGUCAUCAAUGUGCAGCUGCGUGUCGGGCCGCAAUCUUGUGGGCGAAGUUAGUGCUCUAGUGGUCCGCGAGGCGGCGCUGCUGUCGCGCGCCCGCAGCGACACUACGCUGCUGCUGUGUGUCCACACUCUGCGGAGGACUUCGGCGCAUCAGCAAUGCCGCGCUAUCAUACUCAAGAGCGACGUGUUACCCUGUCUAUACAAGCUAGCGGUCCGGUCGCGCUCGCGCCCCGGCGGAUGCGGCGGCGUGGGCGGGGCGUGGGCGCGACUGUGCGAGACGCUGUCGCGCCACGCGGAGGGCGCCGGCGCGCUGCUGUCGCUGCAGCCGCAGCUGGCCGCGCUGCCGCCCGCGCUGCGCCCGCGUCUGCUGCCCGCCAUCGCGCAUGCGGCGCUGCACCAGCGGCUCGCUUUCUUGCAGUCCUCCGAGCUCUUAGAGCUUCUUUCGGGCACGCUCCUGGCGGGAGACACUGCUGAAAUGGUGUCUGCAGGACGAGCUGUGUGGUCGCUGGCCGCCAAUAACCACAAGGCCAAAUUGCAACUGCGCAGUGCAGGCAUGUGCACCGCCGUGUACUCGGCCAUGCAGCGGCUGCGGCGCCUCAACAAGGAGCCCGCGGCGCAGCGCGCUCUGCAGCUACUUACCUACACUAACACUGUACUACAAGCUACUUGACAUAUCAACAUCCAUACCUGAUAAUAUUGUUUUCAAUUAAAUUUUAUCAACUCGCCACAUUUCUUAUCGGAAGAAUAAAACAAUGACUAUCAAACGAAAACACUGCUCGCUAACAAAUGGUUACAUGAUUACUAUCAUGUGAAUGAGCUUGCGUCCGCCCUUUUUAUGUAGCUUGACGGUAAGUAGUCGACAGUUUUUGUCCUUUAUGUUCAAUUAUAUUUUUGUUCCAAAUCAAGUUUUGUAUGACCUACAAAAGUAUGUAUAUUAAUAGUUCCAUUUAUUUUGAUAUUGAUUGGACAUUGUAACUUUUAAGCAGAUUUUCCUUAAUCCUUUUCUGUUCAAAAUAGAAAAAUGUAAGUAACGAGAGGAUGUGGUGUUUUUUAUAAUCUCAUCGGUAAACUGCGACAUACAACCAAAACCGAUAUGUGAAAUCGUGUAAUUUUUGUAACUUUUAAUACUUUGACUUAACACAUGAUUAGUACAAGAAAAAAGUAAAAUGAAUUGAUAAAGAGAUAAAAUAGCAUAUGUUUUUUUUACGACAUUCAUAUGUAUUCAAAAUUUGCCUAUAGGAUGUAAAUGUGAGUUUAAAGAUAAAUACAAUUAAAUAUGUCACUCAAAGGUAUUUCUUGGUGUCGGUCUCACCGCUAAUAUGUGCAUAACUAAUGCAGUUAGUUAAUUGUUGACAACAUUUAUGGCGGGCUUACUAAAAGUACUACAGUCCUACUGCAAUAUUAGUAUUUAACGGUUUAAGUAUGGCAUUGUAUUACAAGCUUCGGAUUAAUGAAAUGUAAAUUGUGUAAUGUGUGAGUGCAUGCUGCGGUUUAUCGAGAUUUUGUGUAGGCAGUUGUUAUAGUUCUGUUAAAUACCGUUAAUCUGUGAUGUUCAGCUCAUAAAUUCAAAGUCUGACUAUACAUGUAUUUUUGUACUAUAAUGUCCAUAUUUGUAUUUUAAUAUAAUAAACUCAAAGUAUACUCUA